CACGCUCUGAAACCCGGAGUAGUGCCCGUUGUUCGGUCUCUCGAAGCAGCAUGUCGUGGCUCUUCGGCUGGAGGAAGGGCUCCGGGUCGCCGCCGGCGGAGGAGCAGGCGCCGGCUGCUCCUGCUGAAGGGGCCGGGGGUGCAGCGGGAGGUUCUGGGGGAGACAAACCUGGGGAUAAGUGGAGUAACUUUGACCCGACUGGACUAGAGAGAGCUGCAAAAGCUGCGAGGGAGCUCGAUAAAUCACGACAUGCCAAAGAAGCGCUGGAACUGGCUCGUAUGCAGGAGCAGACUGUACAGCUGGAGCAUGCGAGUAAAGUCAAAGAAUAUGAGGCGGCUUUGGAGCAGCUGAAGGGCGAGCAGAUACACCUUCAGGCCGAGGAGAGACGCAAAACACUGGCAGAGGAGACCAAGCAGAACCAGGCAAGGGCACAAUAUCAAGACAAACUUGCCAGACAGAGGUAUGAUGAUCAGCUCAGGCAACAGCAAUUCCUAAAUGAGGAGAACCUUCGCAAGCAAGAGGAAUCGGUUGUGAAGCAAGAGGCUAUGAGAAAAGCUACCAUUGAACAUGAGAUGGAGCUGAGACACAAGAACGACCUGCUUCGCGUUGAAGCGGAGGCCAAAGCCCGAGCCCAGGUGGAGAGGGAGAACGCCGACCUGAUCCGGGAACAGAUUCGUCUGAAAGCUGCCGAGCACAGACAAACUGUCCUUGAAUCUAUAAAGACGGCGGGAGCAGUGUUUGGGGAGGGAUUCAGGGCCUUCGUUUCUGACUGGGACAAACUCACCGCCACGGUUGCUGGGUUGACAUUGUUGGCAGCAGGAGUGUAUUCUGCCAGAAAUGCCACAGCAGUGGCCGGGCGCUACAUCGAGGCUCGUCUGGGCAAACCCUCGCUGGUCCGAGAGACCUCAAGGAUUACUGUUGCAGAGGCCAUCAAACACCCAAUCAAGACAACCAAGCGUCUGAGAAGCCGACCGCAGGAUGCUUUAGAGGGCGUGGUGCUCAGCGCAAGUUUGGAGGAGCGUGUGAGGGACGUUGCCAUCGCCACUCGUAACACCAGGCAGAACAAAGGCUUAUACAGAAACAUCCUCAUGUAUGGACCCCCUGGAACUGGAAAAACACUCUUCGCCAAGAAACUGGCUCUCCAUUCUGGGAUGGACUAUGCCAUCAUGACAGGUGGGGACGUGGCACCCAUGGGGCGCGAUGGUGUCACUGCCAUGCACAAGGUGUUUGACUGGGCCAACACCAGCAGGCGAGGCCUCUUGCUGUUUGUCGACGAAGCUGAUGCAUUCCUGCGAAAGCGAGCCACAGAGAAAAUCAGUGAGGACCUCAGAGCCACCCUCAAUGCAUUCCUGUACCGCACUGGGGAGCAGAGCAACAAGUUCAUGCUGGUGCUUGCAAGUAACCAGCCUGAACAGUUCGACUGGGCCAUUAAUGACCGCAUUGAUGAGAUUGUAAACUUUGCCUUACCUGGUCUGGACGAGAGGGAAAGACUUGUGCGCCUGUAUUUCGACAAAUUUGUGCUGGCUCCUGCCACCACAGGGAGACAGAGAUUAAAGUUGGCUCAGUUCGACUAUGGCCAGAAGUGCUCAGACAUUGCAAUGCGAGCAGAGGGCAUGUCCGGUCGUGAAAUCUCCAAACUUGGUGUGGCCUGGCAGGCUGCUGCAUACUCCUCUGAAGAUGGAGUUUUGACCGAAGCAAUGAUUGACUCGAGAGUUGAUGAUGCCGUCAAGCAGCAUGCACAGAAAAUGGACUGGCUGCUGAUGGAAGCAGGUGUGGGGGUUGGCAAGGUCGGUGUAGUUCUCCCUAAGGAAAUGACUGCUGGAAUUACAGCACAGGAACCCGCUUCAGUUGCAAAAACUGAAGAUACAACCCCCACUGUACAAGAAGUCCUUCCAAUCCUUGAGAUUGUGAAUAACGCUGCCCAGGUGGAAUUAGCUGCUCAAUCUUCAGAAGUGGAGGCAGAUGCUAUUCUCAAAGAGGCAGCCACUUUGGUUAAAGAAAGUGAAAGUGUUGCUGUGGCAGGAACUCCAGUCUUGAAUGAAACAGCUGAAACCAUUGUUGAGACAGCAACUGCUGUCCCUUUGGUGCAGGAGGUUGAGGCCAUCAAGGAUCUGACUGAAGAGGUUGAGUCCACAGCUGUAGCUACAGAGACUGUUGUUCCUGAGGUAACAGAUAUAGUCACUGAGGUUAAGGAGGCUGAGGGUUUACCAUCGUCCACCACCCAAGAGACUGCUGCUGCGAGUAAAGACGAGCCAUUUGCUGAUGUAGUUGCGCAAGAGACUGAGGCCAUUGAAGUAGUCAAGGAGGAAAUGGAUGUUGUAGCACACUCCGAAACAUCAGUCUCUGCUGCUAUACAGGAGAAAGAAUUAGAUGCUGUUGUCCAGGAGCCAGAGGCUGCAGUAGCUGGACUCUCCCAGGAAACUGUAGUCAAAGAAACUGAGUCAGCUGCCACGUCUGUUGAUGCUGUAGAAACGGAAGCCACUAAGUCUGCAGAGGAAGUAGCAACUGAUGCUGCAAAGGUUGUAGAGGAAAUUGCAAGCAAUGUAGCUCAAGUAUCUGAGUCCUUGUCAAACAUCGCCACACAGGCUGAAGCAAUAGCAGCUGAUGUGGCCAAGGUGGCUGAUGCCGCAGCAACCAUUACUGAGGAGAUUGAGGCAAUAGUCAUCAAGGAGGUGGAAGGGAUGGGAAGUGAAGCUGUCAAAGACCCAACUGAGGUUGUAGUGGAAACUGCGCCUGAAACAUCAGAGGUUACUAAAGAAGUUGAGGAGGUAUUGGCAGAUGUGGUCAAAGAGUCUGAAAAUACCGCGACAGAGGCUGUAAAGGAGAUUGAAAUUAUAUCAACAGAGUCUGCCAUUGAAUCUGAAGCCAUCGCUUCAGAGGACGCAAAGGGACUGACUGCUGUGGAGUUUGCUGCUGAGGGUCAGACUUUGGCUACAGAGAUUGAGGCCAAACAAGCUGAAGUUGAACCUGCAGAAGUUUCCAAGGAAGCUGAAGUUGCACCACCAGAGGUUGCCAAGGAAGCUGAAGUUGCACCUCCAGAGGUGGCCAAGGAAGCUGAAGUUGCACCUCCAGAGGUUGCAAAGGAAGCCGAAGUUGCACCAGCAGAGGUGACCAAGGAAGCUGAAGUUGCACCAAUAGAGGUGGCCAAGGAAGCUGAAGACCUAGGAGCCAAAGAGGCUGAUAAAGAGGCUACAGAAAAUGUGACAGUGUCCAAGACAACUGAGGUUGCUGCCAAGGCAGAUGAGGUCAAAACAACAAAGGCUGCACAUGAGGCAGAGACUGUAGUGCCUGAAGUCACAGAUGAGACAAAGUCAGCAAGCCUUCCAAACAUCGAAACCAAGUUAGAUGCAGAGACUGUCGUGCCAGAACAGUCUGAGAAAGUUGAGAGUCCAGCCACAGAGAAGUCAUCUGCCUCUCAGACACCCAGCACAGAAGAAGCUGAAUCCAGUCACACUGACAAGCCUCUUUCAGAUAAACAGAGUGGAGAUGACAGCGACAAACCACAAGCCAAGCCUCAUCCAAAGAAGUGAUCACUUAAAAACCUUGAUGAAAUGCUUUUGUGAAUGAAGAGCUGUUGCAUUUGUUUAGAACUCAAGCUUCAAGUGUAAAACAUUCACCUUGAAUUCUGUCUACUCUUCUGUCAAUGUUUUUGUAACUCAAUUACUGUGAAUGCCAGAACUGAGGUAAUGGUUCGAUUGUGGCCUGUAGGUUUGCAAG